GAUAACACCCAAUCAUUCAUGCAUACCACCUAACCAUUUAUAUCUAUUUUAAACCUCUGGGGAGUCACCAUGGAUCGUUAGGAGACCAUUCUGUUCAAAGUAUCUCUUCAGGACAGUCUAUACUUUUACCACACGAAAUGACUCAUUCCCAUAUUCACUUGGGAAUCCGUUUUCUGUUUGUUAUAAAUUAUGUGUAGGAUUUGCCCUUCUAUUAAAAUUAGCUCCUUCGUGCGUAAAAGGCUGUGCGUAUGGCGUCCUGGCACGUUUUUUUCUGAUGCCACUUUCUCAAUGUCGGUUUCUACUUUUCUUGAUUUUGUACGUGGGUCGGUUAUGUGCAGGUCCCUUUUUUGGGGGAGAAAUUCGGGAUGGGAGAGCGUCCUUCAGAACUCAGGCAUGCAUCUAGCAGUGAGAUCAUUUGUGUUAUAAAUAUCCCAGUGCCAGCAGAACUACUCCAGCUACUGGAGCCGAGGUUAUGCCUACCAGAGCUGCAACUGCAAGUGUGUGGACACGCUUACUAGUGCAUGGAGCAAAGGAUCAACAACAACAUGCUGGAACUGUCCUAGCAGAGGGAGAGUGCACCUUUCUGGAAGAAUGCGCUUUUCUUUAUUCCUUUUCCUCUUCUUCAGUCCUUUGAUCCGCAGUGCCGCCGUGCCCGAAUCUGAACAGGUUCUGUUGGAGGGUCAAGUUAAAGAAGAAGGCAGCAGCUCAGGGCGCAGGACUGGCAGACUUUACUGUAGGGUCGGCAUUGGUUUUCAUCUGCAGAUUCACCCCGAUGGGAGAGUUAACGGCAGUCAUGAACCCAAUCAGUUGAGUGUUUUGGAGCUCUUUGCGGUGUCUCAAGGGAUUAUAGGAAUUCGAGGAGUUUUUACAAACAGAUUUUUAGCAAUGAAUAAAAGGGGAAGGCUUCAUUCAAUUGAAGAAUUUACAGAUGAUUGCAAGUUCAGGGAACGAUUUCAAGAAAACAGCUACAACACGUACGCCUCUGUGAUACACAAAAACCACAGGACUGGAAGAGAAUGGUUUGUGGCCUUGAACAAAAGGGGCAAGGCCAAAAUGGGGUCCAGUCCCCGGGUGAAGUCCCAGCAUGUAUCAACGCAUUUCCUGCCCAGGUUCACCUCCCGUGAACAAAAUGAGCCUGGGUUUACCAUCACUGAGAAAAAAACUACAGAGAAAAAAAAGCCACCACCACCACCACCAAAGCCUCCAACACCAAAGGUUAACCUGAAUUCAGGACAGAAGCGUGUUCAAACAAUAAAAUACUGGCCCAAGUUUAGAUUCGGAUAGGUUCUGUCCGGGAUUUUGUUCUGUAUAAAAUGAUUCCAAGCACCUGCCUUUACGACAGAGGCUAAGGUUGGGCUGACUUUAACACAUUCAAUUACUUAGCUCAACUCUAAGCAAAGAUGUCUUCUAAUAUAAGAAGCAUUCUAAUCGAUGGAAUAUGCUUACCACUCAAGGGCUGAGAAGAUUCCAAAUGAAGCAUAGAAAACAGUGGAAGCUAUUGGUCUGAAUACAAUUGGAUUUCUUGUUGUCAUGACUCUAUUGUUUACAUUCGUGUUAUUCCAUAAUGUCUUCCACAACCUCUGAGACAGUGCAAGGAUGCACCUUCUAACUUAAUGAUUGUGAGAAUCUGCUAUCCUUAAUGAUUUAAUACAGUUUUUCGGCUCGGGGAGAAACUUAAGUGUGACUUUUGGUUGAGAGCUCAUUAGUAGUUUCCAAUUUGCAGAUCAACCACAACUUAGAAAAGGCAGACCACACAAUUGUUUGCUUAUGCCAAGUUUUCAUGUUGCUUUAAACAACUUUGUACAUUCUUUGUAUUGCAUUUAUAGACUUCUCUGCGCAAGUUUUAAAUGUCAUUUAACUUAAAACAACAUAUUUUUUAUGUUGUCAAUUGAAACCACAUGUUUGUUUUUUGUUUUAAUGAGGAUAAAUGUGCAUUGGUUUGUUAAACCUCUGAACCCAAGGUUUUCUUUUUUCAAACAGCUGGAAGGAUGAUUUGCAGACUGUCAAUCAAAACUAUCACUUCACUGUUUGGCUGUUUAAAAUAUCCCUGCCAUGACCCCUCAGCAUUCCUGCUAUGAAAGUUUCACAGGGAUAAAGAUGCCUUGCAAGAGAACUACAUGUUUUAGGGAGGACUCAAGCCAUAGGUGUAUCAGAUGGCCGCCAUCAAUGUCACGGAUCAUUAUCAAACACGGUCAUCGUUAAAUAAACCAGCCUGUAAAAACCUCCCUGGGACUUGAGUCAGCAAGGUAAUGAUUCCUGCAGUGCUGUUUAUGAGUGAAGCAAAUUAUUUAGGGUUAUAAUGGAAAACAUUGUUCUCUGAGAUGGUUUUACUCUAUGUUCUGCAAUUACUGGCAUAUAGGACAUGUACAAAGUUUCUCUUCCUAUAUUUUCCAUGACUCUGACCUCAUUUCUUUUUUUUAAUACUACAAAGAAAAGCUUUGUGAUCAAUUAAUUGAUUGACCUUUUCUAAAGAAAACUUGUUUUCAUUUUAGAAAAUCAAAUAUUUAAUACUGAAUGUGGUGUUAAGUGACAAUAAAAUGAUGGUGUUCUUUAAUAUUGCCAUCUUUUUUUUCUGAAUUUAAAGGCUUAUAAAAUGUAUAGCUUGUGCAUAUCUGAUUGAAAAUAUGCAGACCUCACUGUGAAGGGCCAGGCAAGUAAAGUAUCUGAUGUCAAGAAUUUUUCAACUGAUAUUAUGUUUUAAAAAAGUCUUAAACUUAAACUGCAAAAAAAACCAAAACAAA